GACUCUGACUCCGAGUCCCUCUCUCUCUCUCUCUCUCUCCCGCUCUUAAUUUCUCCUCGCACGGUCCUAAGAGCAGCCCGUGGCGUGGGCGCUUUUUGCGCACCAAGAGUUUAUGGGACAAGAGCCGCAGUGAUUUGCACGUUCUUUUUUUCCUCCUCCUCCUGCGGUGGCUCGUGGCUCGGUGGGUGUUCGAGUCCGAGAAGCGCGCGCUGGGGGCCAGGAGGGGAGGGGGGGGCGCACGGCACGGGGGCCCAUUAUGGGAGGUUGCGGGCGCGCGCCGUGAGGAUGAGCCACAGAAGCAGCCCCGCCAAGGCGUACGACUUCCUGCUCAAGUUCCUGCUGGUAGGGGACAGCGAUGUGGGCAAGGGGGAGAUCCUGUCCAGCCUGCAGGACGGCGCCAGCGAGUCCCCGUACGGCUACAACAUGGGAAUCGACUACAAGACGACCACUAUACUCUUGGAUGGAAGGAGGGUUAAAUUACAGCUUUGGGACACAUCUGGUCAAGGGAGAUUCUGCACCAUAUUCCGGUCCUACUCCAGAGGAGCGCAGGGUGUAAUCCUGGUGUAUGACAUCACAAAUCGCUGGUCCUUCGAUGGUAUCGACAGAUGGAUCAAGGAGAUUGAUGAGCAUGCCCCUGGUGUGCCCAAGAUCUUGGUGGGAAACCGCCUGCACCUGGCCUACAAGCGCCAGGUAACCACAGAACAGGCCCAAGUGUACGCGGAGCGCCUGGGCAUCACCUUCUUCGAGGUCAGCCCACUGUGCAACUUCAACAUCACAGAGUCCUUCACGGAGCUGGCCCGCAUUGUGCUCAUGCGCCACGGCAUGGAGCGUCUUUGGAGGCCCAAUAAAGUGUUGAGUCUACAAGAUCUGUGUUGCCGCUCCAUUGUGUCCUGCACACCGGUGCACCUUGUGGACAAGCUCCCCCUUCCAGUUGCCUUAAAAAGCCACCUGAAGUCCUUCUCCAUGGCCAAUGGGCUCAAUGCCAGGAUGAUGCAUGGCCGCUCCUACUCUGUCACUGCCAACGGCGCCGGUAAGAGGAACAGCCUGAAGAAAUCCAAGCUGAUCCGUCCUCCUCAAAGCCCAUCUCAGAGCUGCACAAGGAACAGCUGCAAGAUUUCAUAGUACUGAGGCUGCACCGCCUUCACCUGCACUCUGUGUCCUUCUGGGUCAGAUCAAGGCAGAGGCACCAACUGUGCUCUCCACACUCUUUUUUUUUUUUUUUUUUUCCCCCCCACCCUCCUGCUUUGCUCAACAGCUAACAGAUGGAGAGAGCAGGCCUGGAUUACCAACCUGAUUAUCUCCUCCUCUCAAGACUCUGGGUUCAGGGUUGUUGAAAGAGUUCUAGCUGGGAGUCUGCUGUUGGACAGUGCCAAGAGGUGACUCUUUAUUUGCCAAAAUUCUGAGAUCAUGAGAGUUUGACUUCUGAACUCAGUCUGAGGCACUGUUGCCAUUCUGUGUGGCGUAAGGAAACGUAUAUAAAUAUAUACAGUACUGUGCAAAAGUCUUGGGCAUUUAGAUGUUUCACCAAAAUAUUUGUUUUAGACAGUUAUUUAAUGU